CAUCGACUAGCCUCAGUUCGCGCUCGGCAACAGUCCGGAUAAGUCAGUGGUUCGGUUUCGAAAGCAAUCCGGUGGAUUAAAAGUGGAUAUAGUUUCUGUUUGUGCGCCUCGACAGAACACUGUUAUCAGUUUGGAUCUAACAGUUCAAAAUGAUUAAAGGUUAUCGAAUAGCCUUCUUAUUAUUGUGUCUAGUGUUAUACUGCUACGCAGACGAUGCAACGUCGGACAGCAGUAAAACAACAAGUACGCAGCCCACAUGGCUCGAUAAGCUGAAAAAGGAUUUGCUGACCAACUAUGAUAGGAACGCCCGACCUACUCAGUAUUACAAUGUCACUAAUUUGGAUUUGAAGAUGACCAUUCGGCAUGUGGAUAUCGACGAGGAGAAUUCUGUCUUUUCAGUGUACGGAUGGGUUAAAAUGACUUGGAGUGAUGAUAAACUCAAAUGGAACCCAGCUGACUACGGCAAUCUAGAACUUUUCCGCUGCAAUCCGGACGCUGUGUGGAAACCGGACGUAGUUCUGUACAACAAUGCCAGAGGAUCGGAUAAUCUACACUAUGGUCAAACUAACGUGAUCGUCUACAAUACCGGUGAAGUAUUAUGGGUACCACCAACCGACUAUCACAGUUUUUGCGAGUUGAAUCUUCGUAUGUGGCCCUUUGAUCAUCAAACGUGCAUUCUGAAAAUUGGUUCUUGGACAUUCGAUGGAUAUAAACUGAACUUGACAACCAGUGAAGAUCCUGAGAUCGAUAUUGGCGUCCCGAAUAACGAGUGGAGCAUUCGAAAGGUGACAACCGAUCGCAACACGGUGUACUACAAAUGUUGCAAGGAACCUUACAUCGAUAUCCAAUACAACGUCACGCUGCAACGGCAUUCAUCAACCCACAAGGCUAUUGUAGUUAGUCCGGCAUUCGUAAUAAUAUUACUAGCCCUAUCCGUGUUUUGGCUUCCUCCACAAUGCGGCGAGAAAAUUAUAUUGAACGGAAUCAUUGUACUCAUUGUGACAGUGUUCCUCAUCUAUUUUGCCCAGCAAUUGCCAGCUAUGUCUGGUCAUACGCCACUGAUCGUAACAUUCUACAGCUAUACGUACUACCUGGUAGCCAUCAGUACUAUUUUAUCGGUAAUUGUACUCCGGAUUACUCGUAGCAAGCAGUGUCAUCUUGUACCGAGUUUCCUGAAAGGUCUACUGGACGGUUGUCUUGGAUCAGUACUUGGAGUUGGCAACGCCGCACCAUUCGAGGAUGAUAAGGAAGCUGCAAGUGGCGAAUUAUCUACGAAUUUAAAACAAUACGAUUGGUGUCGUCUAGCAGUAUUACUGGAUCGACUGGGAUUUGUAGUCUACUUGAUAAUUUUUGUCAUUUCAAUCAUUUACUUCAGCUUAUAGGCCAACCUCCGUGUGUUCAUAUUCGCCAGGUUGUAACUCUGAGAAAAGCAGCUUCCAUUCUGAUAUUAUAAGUAUACUCUAGUGCACGUCACAUUACGCUGUAAUUAAACUGAUCUGAUUACCUUUUUUGUAAAAA